GAAAAUGUAUGCCUCCCGGCUUCAGCCUCGGAUCGCCAUAGCUCCAGUCACAGGCAGGCCGUGACUUUGAUAUAGAGAGAGCGAUACGAGUAAUGCUUCACACGGCGAGUGCAUCGCUGUCCCGCCUUUACUGGCCACCAUGGCUCCCUACCCGACGCCUCUAAAGGCAACAUUUACGCUGGAUGCACGACAGGACUGGAACCUGGAGCCACGAUCAACAGACAAUGAGUCACCACCGUCCAAGAGUCCAACAGAAGAAAGAGCUGCUGCCUCGAUGUUCAUUGGUAUAUGUCUGGCCGUUACUUUUGUACUCGCAGCGCCCAUAGUAUGGGUAUGGCUUGCGGAUCGAAUCAGAAGGCGGAAACUCGAUCCCUUCAGGAAACUUAGGGAUCUGGAGCGCGAAGGGAAACGCCCCGGAAUUGAUCCACCUCCUUAUGUCAAAGCACCGCCCAAGGAUUCGAUAUGGGCGAGGCAGGAGAAGUAUGCAACCAAGAAACCGCCGAGAGCCAUCACGGCCGACCAGAUUCUAGGCAUCGACAAGCGAUCCUACCUGCGACGCAUCAUCCCUCAGAGUGGAUCGUCACAACUACUCACCGUAGCGCCUGCACACUUUGGCUGGGCUAGACAAGCCGCCACUUCUUCUGGGGACGAGCAAUACAUCAGCCCAUGGGACGCAGAACAUACCCCAAAUCCAGUCAUCUUUCCAUGGCUCCAGAAGAAACGACCAUUCCAAAAUGAUAUCAACAGCGCAAGUUCGGAGAGACUGCAGGUCAUGGCCAUGAGCAAUACCUCAUCACCACUUUUAGUCUCACCAGCGGGGUCCUCGGCAUAUGCUCAAACUGACAACCCCUUCCUUGACUCCCCUACAGACUACACAAGCUCUCCACCUGAUAGUGAGAAAUCUUACGAACCUUCAGAACCGGCUCCAAAAGAGCGUCCGGCGUCCAACCAAAUGAGCGAUCAAGCGCAAAACUCCGAUGGGUCUUUGAGCUUUUACAGAUGUGACACAUGUCAAACGACAUACCAUUCGCAAGGGCAGUUGAAUGUACACUUGAACCGCAAGCACCGACGGCGGUAUCGAUGCAGGCAUUGCGAUUCAGCUUUCGCACUUAAAGCUGAUCUUAAAAGACAUGAGCGCGGCGUUCAUAAGGACAUGUACGCAACGCAAACGUUUUAUUGUCCAAAUCCCACGUGUGCAAUUCCCGAAAAGAAGUUUACGCGUAGGGAUAAUUUCGAAAGGCAUGUGCGAAGAUGUCGUAGUCGCGAGACUUGAUGGGUAGAAAUGAUUAAGAUAUGAGUAGUAUUCCGAAAUGCCUUCAUU